GAGUUGUAGUCCUUCCGGGGUGAGCGUUGCAGAGCCUCGGGAAGUGGAGGCUGGAGGAGCCACGGGUGGUGCGGUUGCUGCUCGGGCGCUGCUCGUGGGCGGGUCAUGAACGGGCCGGCGGACGGUGAAGUGGACUACAAAAAGAAAUACCGGAACCUGAAGCGGAAGCUUAAGUUCCUCAUCUAUACUUCCCUUGGCUCAGCACCCGCCCUGUCUGUACUACAGGAACACGAGUGCUUCCAGGAGGAGCUCAGGAAAGCGCAGAGGAAAUUGCUGAAGGUGUCCCGGGACAAGAGCUUCCUUCUAGACCGACUUCUGCAGUAUGAGAACGUGGACGAAGACUCUUCUGACUCAGAUGCCACUGCAUCUUCAGAUAACAGUGAGACAGAGGGGACACCCAAGUUGUCGGACACUCCGGUUCCCAAGAGGAAGAGAAGCCCUCCUCUGGGGGGUACCCCCUCCCCUUCCAGCCUCUCCCUGCCUCCUUCAACAGGAUUUCCCCUGCAGUCCUCCGGAGCCCCCUCCCCAUACCUGAGCUCGCAGCUGGCUUCCCCCCCUUAUCCCCCAUUCCCUUCUGACUACCUGGCCCUGCAGCUGCCCGAGCCCAGCCCCCUGAGGCCCAAGCUGGAGAAACGGCCCCGCCUGCCCCGGAAACUCAAGAUGGCGGUGGGACCCCCUGACUGCCCUGUGGGCGGGCCGCUGACUUUCCCUGCCCGGGGUCCUGGGGCUGGGGUCGGGGCAGCCCUGACCCCCUUGCCCCCACCCAAGAUGCCCCCCCACACGAUCCUGAGCACCGUCCCUCGGCAGAUGUUCAGCGAUGCAGGCAGCGGGGAUGAUGCUCUGGACGGUGAUGACGACCUGGUGAUUGACAUCCCGGAGUGAGCCCCAGGUGCCCUGCAGAGCCCUGCCCAGCACCCUCCCUGUGCCAGCAUACUCGAGCUCACUUCCUCAGAGAUGUUUAUUGAUGCCCAGUUGCCAUGCUUCGGCCACUGACACAAUCAGAAAAGGCGUAAACAUGCACAGAUGUCCCUCAGGAAGAUGGCAGGGGCCCUCCCUUCAUAUCCCAGCCCCAUUCAGGGGACAGUUAUUUAAAUUAGUAGCCAGGAGUGUCUGCCACCUCUUAGGGAGGCACAGAUCCUAUAGGGGCCAUCCCUUUUAAAAGGGCAGCUGAACAAGGCUGGGACUUUUUAAAUGAAGAUUCUAUAUUAAAGGAUUGGCUCUUUUUCUC